UGUUGAGUGACGCCACCACGCGCGACCACACACUGCACGUGUCCGCGCCCAACGUUCUAUCUCAUAUUGUACCUGCUCAAGACACUAUAAAACAACUUGAAUGGAACAGCGUGUCCCUGAACUCCGUGUCCAGCGCUGUGACCUCUUCUUAUUACUUCUUCUUCCGCACCCCAUCUAUGUUCAGGCGACAUCCAUGAGGCAUGAGCUUCACAAAAAGCAGCAACCUUCGAGUCGUGGAUAGUGCCAUCAGCUAUAUUCGGGGAGACAAGAAUGUCACACAUAUCGGUGAUAAAUACUAUCAGGAUUCCUCGAGAAAUAAUUCGGGCCUUGCCACGUUGUCAAGCCAAGUCGCAUUCAGCGCGCUCCAUGAUUCGGAGGCUCGCUAUCCUCAGCCUAAUGUUCUUCCUGGCACUCGGGGAGGAAUCAUCGAGACACUGAGUCGUUGGUGCGAGGAUCCUUUCAAGAGGAAUAGAGUGUAUUGGAUCAGUGGUGCUGCUGGAGUCGGGAAGUCGGCGAUUGCACAGGCACUUUCUGAAAAGUACAUUCAAACCGGACAACUAGCAGCCUCAUUCUUCUUCUCGAGGAACGAUGCCACUAGGGACAAACUCGAUCCGUUCGUUGCUACCAUUGCCCACCAGCUUGCGACCUCCAACAAUCUUAAAUCUCUUCUAGCACCCCUUAUCGAUCAUACCAUCCACUCGUCACCAGGGAGUUUACAUAAACAGUGGGAAACUCAGUUUACAACAUUGAUAGAGGAACCGUGUGCUCAGGUGGACCCAAGGCAAUGGUUACGACUUCCACGACUCGUCAUCAUCGAUGGCGUCGACGAGUGCAUCGAAGUAAAGUCACAGAAGAGACUUCUCCGGAUGAUUGGAAACUCGACUUCUACUCUUCCCCUCGACUUCCUGAUAUUCAGCCGGCCAGAACCACAUAUUUCGCAAAUAUUUCAUCACGAGUCUUUCAUUCCCAGUCCAUCUCGCUUGGCCCUGGGUGAUUUUGCCGUCUGGAAUGAUAUCGAAAGAUAUUUCCGACAUGAAUUUGCUCGUAUCCGGGAGGAGCACUGGCACAAACUACCAAGUUCACAGGCUUCGUGGCCUGGUGAAUUCGUGAUACAUCAGUUGCUAUGCAAGGCUACAGGGCAGUUCAUAUAUGCAACCACGGUGAUGAAGUUUAUCGAUACCGGAAAAUUACCAGUGACACCUGGGUUGCGGUUAGAGAUCAUACUUCGUGCUGGGCGAAUAGUGGAUUCUUCGUCUCCAUAUCCCGACCUGGACCAGUUAUAUUCACAAAUCCUAAAACUAUGUAUCAAUGAAGGUGGGAAGCUCCAGAAGAUUUUACGGUUGAUAGUGAGCCCUUUUGAGGGGCUUAACGUCUUGAAGUCACCGUUUCGGCUACGGGACUCGCCUGCCGUUGGCUUGCAAAGCUUAUGGGCCCUCGAACAACUUCUGGGCUUAAGUGAAGGCGAGGCCGCUGCCUUCUUGUCUGGAUUACAUUCGAUCCUCGACGUCCCCUCAGUUCGAACAGACAACGUAGCCGUUUUGCAUGCGUCCUUUUCAGAAUUUCUCCUCGACCGACACCGUGCAGGUGUGUACUAUGUAGGCGAACAACUUUCCUCCCAGGAGUGGAACCAGUUACUCGUCCCGUGGCAAGUUCGAACGCUUUCCCGAUUUUGCAUUGAAUCCGAAAGUUGGCCUGUGCAUUCUCAGGACCAUCCCAUCAACGGCAUUCACGAUGUUGAUAAUGGUUCACUCAAUGUUUGGAAAUAUCUGUACGACAAUCGGACGACCAUCGCUAUCAACGAUGAGAUUGCAGCGGCUCUUAAUGCAUUCGAUCCACACCUUUAUCUCGCUACGUUACUUCACUGGACUUAUGAACUUGAUCCACUAGUGCAAAGAACUCAACCGCCUUCUUCGACCAUCCGAGCUCCCAUCCGAGCUCCAAAGCUAGGAUCAAUAAGUCUCCCCCCCCGAAACGCCACGGUGUCGCGACAGGGUGGAAAGUCCCGGGACUGGAGACAUCAAACGUUAUCAGUGCAUGCUCAGAUAAGCAUGCUCUACAGUGUUUUUCGAAUGUUGAAGAAAUUGAAUAAACCAUCUCGUCGUUCCCUCCAAAGAUUUUUCAAAAGAUGCAAAUCUUUAUUUCGCGGUUUCUACGUCUCAUUCCCUGGAGAUCAGGACCAUGAGUCCAUACAAUACACCCUCCUUGCAUGCCAACUGUCCUUCCCCAAACUCUAUCAUCAACUUCCUGACUCUGGUGCUGUGUCCCAUAUCGCAUAUUUGAAGCCGAUUCUAGGUCACUUAGACGUGUCAUUGAGGGUGGUGUCUCUGGAUAAUGAUGAUGGACGACCACCGACGGUUCCAGCCAAAUGGGAAGUCAAAUAUAUUGAUCCAUCGGAAGGACGACUUUUUCGCAAGCUCCUUGAACUCCUCAUCGAUGACCAGGUCUGGAAAGAAUCAGAAAUAAACUUUGGUGUCAUGGACGUUUUUGCUACAUUUGAGAUUGAAGACUGGAGCCGUAAGCUUGCUCAGCUGAGUUGGAAAAAGACAUGGAGAACGUAUUUGAUCGGCAAGCUUGCUCAGACAGCACAGGGGAAACGGGUGAAAAGUAGGGCGGUGGUCUUCGAACGCGAACAGCAUGGACAGGGGACGGUUGUACCGAAAUACUCUAACGCAGACGUCACUAAUCCAGGAGAUAGUGAUAGAUAUUACAUAGAUACUUAGUGAUAAAUGAUAUUCCUAUGUAAUGGUAGGUGGGGAACGAGGUGAGUUCCCCACUCACGCAGCUACAGCACUUUUGCGGAACGGCGUUGGGC